AUGGGGAAAACAAAAGGUACGAAGCGCUGGAAGAAAAGGCAAGAACUCGAAGAAAACACGGCCGAAGAGCUGCUGGAUGACGACGAUGGAAACGGAGAUGGAGUGCCUGCAGCUGCGAGCCAGAAACUCAGCACCGCUUCAGUGGAAGACGAAUUCGGGGCCAAGGACUAUCGUUCACAAAUGGAACUCAGGCCCGAUCACGCAUCUCGACCUCUUUGGGUGGCUGCCGAUGGCCAUGUCUUUUUAGAGGCCUUUUCACCAGUCUAUAAGCAUGCGCACGAUUUUUUGAUAGCUAUAUCCGAGCCUGUUUGCAGGCCACAGCACAUUCAUGAAUACAAGCUGACAUCCUAUUCCUUGUACGCUGCCGUCUCUGUUGGACUUCAGACACAAGACAUCAUAGAAUACUUAAGGAGACUUAGCAAGACUAGCAUUCCAGAUGGUAUCAUAGAGUUUAUAAAGCUUUGCACUGUCAGCUAUGGGAAAGUGAAACUUGUCUUGAAGCACAAUCGGUACUUUGUGGAAAGUCCUUUCCCGGACGUACUCCAGAAGCUUCUCAAGGAUUCUGUCAUACAGGCAUGCCGCCUACGACGGGAUGCAGAAAAUGACACGGAUCUGAGCGUUGUCACGAGGGAUAUUCUUAGUGCCACACUUCCACUCAAAACUAGCACCACAGAGGACAAGGGUGAUGACAGAGGUCAAGCUGCCAACGUCCCCGAUGACAUUACUGCCUUUUAUGAGAAAAUGGAGAAGGAUGAAGAUGACAUAGAAGACUCUCAAACGGUGUCGUUUGAAGUCAACCAAGACUACAUUGAAAAGUUGCAGAAGAGAUGCAUAGAACUCGAGUACCCUUUGUUGGCCGAGUACGACUUCAAGAACGACACUGUCAACCCAGAUAUCCACGUUGACCUGAAGCCGUCUGCCAUACUCCGACCAUAUCAAGAGAAGAGCUUGAGAAAGAUGUUUGGAAAUGGACGCGGAUCAGGGGUCAUUGUCCUUCCGUGCGGUGCUGGAAAAUCGCUGGUGGGAGUCACAGCCUGCUGCACUGUGCGCAAGCGAUGCCUCGUAUUGUGUAACUCUGGUGUGUCUGUGGAACAGUGGAAAGCACAGUUCAAGAUGUGGUCAACAGCAGACGACAGCGUCAUAUGCAGGUUUACGUCUGAGGCCAAGGACAAACCCAUGGGCUGUGGUAUCUGCAUCACUACGUAUUCCAUGAUCACGCACACACAGAGACGUUCCUGGGAGGCUGAGCAGGUCAUGGCUUGGCUGAAGGAGCAGGAGUGGGGGCUCAUGCUGCUCGAUGAGGUGCAUACUAUUCCAGCCAAGAUGUUCAGGCGGGUGUUGACAAUAGUGCAAGCACACUGCAAGCUGGGUCUAACGGCCACACUGGUCCGAGAGGACGACAAGAUCCAGGACCUCAACUUUCUAAUUGGACCGAAGCUGUACGAGGCAAAUUGGCUGGAGCUCCAGAACAACGGUUACAUUGCCAAGGUGCAGUGUGCCGAGGUAUGGUGUCCAAUGACACCAGAGUUCUAUAGGGAGUAUCUGCAAGCCAGAGCAUGCAAGAAGUUGUUGUUGUUUGUCAUGAACCCAAACAAGUUCAGGGCCUGCCAGUUCCUCAUAAAAUAUCACGAGAGGCGAAGUGACAAGAUCAUAGUGUUCUCCGACAAUGUCUUUGCCCUCAAGCACUACGCCAUCAAGAUGAACAGGCCUUACAUCUAUGGUCCCACAUCCCAGCAAGAGCGAAUGCAGAUCCUGCAGAACUUCAAGUACAAUCCAAAAGUGAACACCAUCUUUGUGUCCAAGGUGGCCGACACCUCUUUCGAUUUACCAGAGGCAAACGUCCUCAUCCAGGUGUCUGCUCACGGAGGCUCCAGGAGGCAGGAGGCUCAGCGAUUGGGUCGUAUCCUCCGGGCCAAGAAAGGGGCCGUGGCUGAAGAGUACAAUGCCUUCUUCUAUUCCCUGGUGUCUGAAGACACUAUGGAGAUGCAUUAUUCACGAAAGAGACAGCGUUUCCUGGUGAACCAAGGCUACAGCUACAAAGUCAUUACCAAGAUGGAAGGCAUGGAUGAGGAAGAGCUUGCAUACCGCACGAAGGAAGAACAGACGAGCCUGUUACAACAGGUGCUGGCUGCCAAUGAUGCUGAUGCAGAGGAGGAACGAGUUGCUGGUGAAACUGGUCCAACUGGCCACCGUAUCCAGAUGUCGAGGAGGGCUGGAAACAUGAGCUCAAUGUCUGGUGCAGACAGCGCAGUGUACCUCGAGUACAGAACCGACAAGAAGAAGGACAUGGGCCUGAGGCAUCCGCUUUUCAAGCGUUUCAGGAAAACUUAGUCUCACAUAGGUACGCGGCAAGACGUGUGGCCUGUCGGCAUCUAUCCAAAUAUGCGCAGGCACUUUGAGACUGGUCCUAGGUGCCAACACAGGUUAUCUAUCUGAAAAGUCGUGUGCAUUGUUGUCUAGUUUACGCUGGCAUCUUCCCGGAUGCAUUUUGUCACCGUAAACGGACAUCCUCCAUUUAUCAGCAGCACUAAGGUUUCCUUGGUGCUCGCAGAUCACAUUGAAGCACUUCAUACUUUUGACAUUUGUACGAGUCAGAUAUAUAUAUAUAUAUAUACUUUUGAUAAAGCUAAUAGGUUACGAGUUAUGUUAAGUAGUAGCCAAUUGUACUUUCGUUAAUUGUUCAGGUUGCACUAAAUUGUCUUGCAAAUCCUAAAUGCCUCAUACAGUGAACAUUUGCCAUUCAAUAGCGUUAUGUAAGCGAAUAAAGUGCUUUGACACGCAGUACCAAUAAUGUGCAGUGAUGUGCAUACUAGCCUUUUUUUCUUUUUUCUUUGCCUUUUUUGCAGUGUAUAAAACAUAUCAAGUGGAAUGCGCCAGAUGUCAUCACACAUUCGUAUACUGUUAUAUGGAAUUGUUUAAUAAAACAGCAAAGUGUCUUUUUUUUUU